AUGCCCCCGCGCGGCGGGCGCGGCGGCGGGCGCUUCAACCCAAACCGCGACUACGUGCUGCUGAAUGAUGAGGAGGCCGCAGAUCCUGAGGACGGCCUGCGCAGCGCAGCGGGCGGCAAAGCGGGCGCCGGCGGCGCGUCGGCGUCGCGGCUGUUUUCGCUGGCGCGCCCCGAGGCGGGGACCAUUACGAUUGCUACGCUGUUCCUCCUGAUCUCGUCUGUGGCGCAGGCGCGUGCAUGCCUGCCGCCGCGGGCGCACGGCGUCGCCUUCCCGAAGCUGGCCGGCGAGCUAAUCGACGUCGCAGUCACGCAGCAGCAGGGCGGCGCGUCACCCGGUGACGCCCGCGCCAGGACCGACCUCAUACUCAUCGAGAUCGUAGUCAUCGUCGCCGCCGGCGGGGUGGCCGGCGGCCUCCGCACCUGGCUGUUCCAACGCGCGGCGGAGCGCGUGAUGUGGCGGCUGAGGGUGUCGCUCUUUCAGUCAUUGAUAUCACAGGAGGUCGGAUUUUAUGACAGAGUGAGGACGGGUGAGCGGGGCGGCCGCGGCGGCGCGGUGGGCGCGUGGGCGGGCAUGGGCGGCGGCGACGGGGGUAGCGGCGUCGGGGCUGCCACCUGGCGCGGGCCUGGUGAGCUGACCAACCGCCUCAGCGAGGACACGCGGCUCCUCAAGGGCGUCGCCACCACUGCCGUCUCGCAGGCGCUCAGGGCCCUGGUCGUGACGGCCCUGGGACUCGCCAUGAUGUUCCUGACCAGCUGGCUGCUGGCGACACUCACCGUCGCCAUCAUCCCGCCCCUGUUCCUGCUGUUCUUGGUGUAUGGCCGCAUCAGGUGGGUCUGUGGUUACUACGUCACCACUGAUUUGAGCAUUGGUCUGAUGGCGUAG